AUGCGCUCCAGUGGUUCCUCGAGAAAUUCGUCUCCGAAGCGGAGAGCUCUCCACGAGCGAACCCCAUCGCACACGAACGAGUCAUCUCCCCCGACAUCCUUACGAGCGGCUAGCGACAAGGUUCACCACCGAGACAACGACCAGGGGGAGGGCGACGAGGAACGAGGAGUCUACACGAGUAAUCCGUACCCCACCAAGCCGGAGCAUGUCCUUCUUCCGCGCCCCGGGAAAGGGCACGAGUUCGUUCCGGACGCGCGAUUCCAUGUGGACGAGGCACCGCACGAAUCCUCCCGCACCGUCUCGACCGAUGUGAGCCAAGGGCCGGAUAGCAGUCUGGUCCGCUCCAUCAGCGAUCCAUGGGACCUGUCGUCAACGUUCGAUGCCGAAAACACCCCGUCCCAGGUCUGGGAGGACGACCCAAAGUCCAGCAAAUCGACCUUCCCGGACCCAGAUUCAGAACUCUCGGAAUCCAAGCCCCGCGAGCACGGUUCCGACCAGGGGUCGAUCGCCGCGUACUCGGACGAUGAACCGAACACGUUGCCCGCAGCGGCUCCCACGAUCAAGACCGUCAUCUCGGAGCCAUCUUCCCGCCAGGCUUCGAUGCGCGAGCAUGCCAACUCGAGCCACUCCAGCCCUAAUGUGAGACCGAUCGGUCCACCGUCAAGCCCCAAUUUCGUCGAACUUGACAAUUCGAGUCUCAACUUUGUCCGGCUCGGCGCCUCCUCCAACCCCGACACCGGAUCUCGCUCCAAUUCCCUUUCGUCGUUGAACUCGUUGGGUACCGUGAUCCGGUAUGCGGGAGCUGCUCAGUGGACACAUGGCUCUUCCUCCGGCUCUAGUUCGAAGUCGCGGUCACGCUCCCGUUCGCAUUCCAUCCGUUCUCACCGCCACUAUCCCUCGAUUCCAUCCGUACGGUCGAUGUCGACCCAACCCCGGGAACGCAGCCAUUCUGGUUCCGCCACCGAGUCUUCUCGAAGCGGCCCGCCGUCCGACAUCCAAGCCAUUGUGGACAGCGGGGUUUUCAUCCAGUAUCCGAGCAUUCGAGAGCCCUCGUCCUCCAGCUCUAGGGUCGACGUAUCGCUCUCCGCCGACUCCGAGCACACCCCGGACUUCCCGUCGGAUCAAUCCUCCGAGCGUUUCAAGUCCCACUUGUCCACUGUAAGCUCUCGGUGGUCGGCGGAGUAUGACUCAAGGGGCCCCUCGCCGGCAGACGAACCCACGCAAAAUACACUGGAGGAGCCCUCCCGACCCCCGGCAGCGCUCGCGCGGCAGAGGCCCGCGUCGUCCUCGAUGUGGCUGGUUGAUGCCUCAGGAUGUGAUGAGUCGAUGGAUAACAUCUCUAAUCUCCCCACGCGGCCCACAAACCCGGCGGUGCCAAAUAGCCUGUCUUCUGGUUCGCGCCAGAGCAGUGUACGGAGCAAUAAGCGGCCCGGCACAGCGUCCAGCAUCGCCUAUCAUAUCCUCCCCAACUGGGCCCGGAUGUAUUAUCAAAUGGAGGGACAAGCCGAGAAUUCAGCCCUAUCGGUGGUCGAAGCCCACCAUGCGCCCGAGGCGCGUCCAAAGAGCACCCAUGCUCACCCUCUGUCACGCAUGGAAACCACGAUCAGUCGGCCACGCACUGGCACAAACGCAAGCCGGCAGAGUGUGCGGUGGCAUCCCGAUCCCCGCGACCCCCGAAGCCACUGGGUCAAGGGCAUGGAUCCCGAGGGCAGGCCUGGGACUUCGCGGGACCGUUUGCGAAGUAGUUGGUCCGCUCAUCUCUAUCCGGACAGGCGUGCUGUGCAGCACCGCGCCAACGCCUGGACGGCACCCUCUAUGGAUUCCAGAUCCGAGCCUUUGCUCGGCCGGAGGAACAUCCAAGUAUGGUCUUUCAGCGUGGGGUUCAUUUUCCCGAUUGCCUGGCUCGUGGCAGCGUUUCUCCCACUACCCCGAAAACCCGAGAUGAUCCUGGAGGAAGAUACCGACUCCGAACUUGAAUCGACUCUUCGGAUGCGACUGUUCGAUGUUGAGCGGAGGCGCUAUGAGAAUGCCCGCUGGUGGCGGAACCUCAACCGAUGGAUGAACCCGCUGGGCCUGGUCAUUCUCACCAUCGUUAUCACCCUGGCUGUUGUAGGGACGACAGUAGGCUUUUGA